GGGAUGUGGGUGUGUGUACCUAACAAUUUAUCUUAUCAGACCCCACUACCAAACAUCGAGGUACAACUUCAGUCUUCCUCAGCCUUACCUAAUGCUCCCUCUACAUACACUAGGUAUCUUACACCAGGUAUCUUAUCUCCGUCAAACAUAAACUUCGACAUCCGAUAUCACCAUCGUUUCUUACGCGCGUCUAUGAUUAAUGACUAGCCCAAAUCCGUAAAGCUAGAAACCCUUCGCCCAAGGAAAUAUCAGCAUCGCCACUUUAUACUUUAUAUUUACAACAGCGCCAUCCGCGUUCAUCAUGGAGCCUCGCGCCCGUGCUGGUAAGAAUGUGGGCAAGGAGACUUUCAAUGCGAAAGAAAUCCGUGCCCUCCUCUACGCCUUCGGCGACGUCCAGGACCCGUUGCCGGACACAGUACGCGUGCUAGACGAGAUCGUGACCGAGUUCCUAGAGGGCGUCUGCUUCGAGGCGAGUCGCCACGCGCAGGUAGCCGGGCGCCAGAAGCUCAAGUUCGACGACUUCGAGUUCGCGCUGCGCCGCAACCCCCAGUACCUCGGGCGCGUCAAGAGUAUGAUCGAGAAGCGUCAGAAGAUCAAGGAGAUGCGCCGAACUUUCGAUCAAGAGGAUGACGCGCUUGCGAAGGAGCACGGUAAGGAGAGUGCUGCCGCUGCUGCUGCCAAUGCCGCGGCUGGUGGGGAGGACGACCUGCUCGGUCUUGAUGACGAGGAUGAGGAUCUCGAGCUUAUGAACACGGCGGCGGCAUCGUCGGCGAAGGGUACGGGGAGCAAGAAGAGGAAGAGAACGCCCAAAACAGGAUAGCGUCGUAAAAUGUGGGUAUAGAGAUUGGUUUGGGUAUGGGGCGGUGUCUCAUUAUGGAUGACGACUAUGAUGAAUUUUGCAUCUUUAUAGGCAUAGCGACGGCGUUGGGGGCAGCGAAAUACCAAAUUGCAUUUUAGAGU